CUUUUGUAACUAUCCAAUUCUCCGCCCUUGUUCAAAAUCUUCUGAUUCGUGCUUUUUUUGGUUGCAGAGAUGGAAAAAUUUCAACAAUUCUUGAAUGCCGCACAGACUGGAAAUUUAGACCUCCUCAAAAAAUUGGCGAAGCAGCUCGAUAGUGGAAUGGGGCUAGCUCAAACGGUAGUAGAUGUGAAGGAUGCCAACCAGAGAGGGGCUCUGCAUUUUGCUGCCAGGGAAGGUCAAACUGAGGUUUGCAAGUAUUUGCUGGAGGAGUUGAAGAUGGACAUUAAUACAAAGGAUGAGGAUGGAGAUACUCCUCUAACGCAUGCUGCUCGGCAAGGGCAUACUGCCCUCACGAAGUAUCUCGUAGACCAUGCUGCUGAUCCUUCCAUACCAAGUGGAUUAGGGACCACUGCGCUGCAUCAUUCUGCUGGAAGAGGGAAUAAAAGGAGGAGGAUCAAAGAAAAGGAGGAAUCGGUAGAAAGAGGAAGGACGAAAUUCAGAGAAGAAGAAAUCUGUUAUCAGCCUUUGACGAUGGACAUGGGAGAACGGACAUGUUGGACUGAUAACGAUAAGUCUGUAUUCAAUAGUCUUCUGAGAGACUUCAGGAUGGGUGAACUGGAUGCAGAGUUUCCCAACGGCACCUUUGCUGAUGACGGCACCGUCAACUACUCUAAAGAGGAAUUCUGGAGAGCUUUAUGCAGGCUGUAUAAUAACAGGGCAGCUGCGGCUAAUGCAUCGCAACGUGAACCAUAUGAAAUGAUUCUUCAGGGUGAACUACUCAGAGGCGAGAUUUUCCCGCCUUGUGCAGCUUGCCAGCGGAUCCCAGUCUUUCCGACAUCUCUCCUGAAGAAGCUAGCUUAUGAGUCUUAUGACCAGUCUGGAUCUGGAGCUUCUGCAAGUGCUGCAAGUGUUACUGGAACUGGUGGAAUGUUCGACACCGAACUUGUUCAAGUAAUCAAUAUUGUUAGUAGUAUGGAAAAGAGGGGUCUUAUAUCUAUGGUUGAGAUGUCGAAGACAUUCGACCUAGUCAAUGAAUGGGUAUAAACAACGGGGUGGUAUUUGGCUGAGUUUUCUGCUUAGUUCCACACCUUCUCUUGAAAUGAAGGCCCAAGUACUCAAGCAUCGUCUGCGACCCUGAUUUUCUAUGCUGCUUUUCUAAAACUGUCUCUGAAUUUGGAUUUGAAAACUGUUUUAGUGACUCUUAACUUGAUGUUUUUUUUAUGCUCAUGACUGUUUGUUUUCUCUUAA